AUGUCGCUCUCACUUCGGAACACCGAUGUAGGGGUUCCAUUUUCAACAAGAAUAAGCAAAAUCCACAUGGCACCAGCGGCUCAGUUGUGUCACCGACCGAACCAGGAAAAUCCACGUGGUACCGGCGGCCCAGUUGCGUCAUCGACCGAGCCUGGGAAAUCCACGUGGUACCGGAUGGCCCAGUUGUGUCAUCGACCGAGCCUGCAAAAUCCACGUGGUACCGGCGGCCCAGUUGUGUCACCGAUUGACUCUUCUCGCCAGAAAAAGAAAAUCCAUAAAACGCAUUUCAAAUCAAAUCCAAAAUCUUAA